AAUGGACGCAGAAGCAUCAGGUUGUAUUAGCGGACUUUCUCGGUCUACUACAACCGGAUCGCCUUCCGAGAGAGGACGACCGUCCAGCGCACGGCCCGAGCGGUUUCACGCGCGAACCUACGCCGCAUUCGUGCCACGCUCCUGUCCGGCGACCGUUUCAUUUUACACCGCGGUAGAGUCUUGAGAAAUAAUACCUCGGCCACGAUGGAACAGACGAGCAAAACCAACGAGGUGACGGAUAGAAUAAUGGAGACUUUCGCCGGACGCAAGAUUAUGCUAACGGGGGGCACAGGAUUUUUAGGGAAAGUCCUGGUCGAGAAACUGCUGCGGUGUUUGCCCGAUAUUGCGCAUAUUUACAUCCUUAUGAGACCGAAGAAGGGCAAGGACGUUAAACAGCGAUUGGAUGAAAUAUUCAACUCUCCGCUUUUCGAAAAAGUCAAGGCUCAAAGAGGAUUAGCGGCGCUUCGGAAGGCGGUAACGGUCAUUAAUGGAGACAUAUUAAUGCCAGAUCUCGGGAUCUCUCCGGAGGAUAGGAAGAUGCUCUGCGAAAAUGUCAAUAUAGUAUAUCACGCAGCAGCUACGGUCAGAUUUGACGAGAUGUUGAAGAAAGCCGUGCUUAUGAAUACACGCGCCACAAAAUUAAUGAUAGAGCUGGCCAAAGAGAUGAAGAAUUUAGUUCUGUUUGCUUACAUCAGCACGGCCUAUUGUCAUCUGGAAGAAAAGGUUUUGCGUCAGAAAACGUAUCCUCCACCCGCCGAUCCUCACCAAGUGAUCAAAUGCGUGGAAUGGAUGAACGAUGAAGUGGUCGAGGCCAUGACGGACAAGAUUCUGGGGACGUAUCCCAACACUUAUGCUUUCACGAAAGCCUUGGCGGAGGGUCUCGUUGAAGAAUCGCUACCGCAUAUUCCGUCGAUAAUUCUAAGGCCAAGCAUAAUUAUUCCUGUGUGGAAGGAACCACUUCCCGGUUGGACGGACAAUAUCAACGGUCCUACUGGUCUGUUGAUUGGCGCCGGGAAGGGAGUAAUUAGGACGAUGUAUUGUGACCAAGAGACAUACGCCGAUUAUUUGCCGGUCGAUAUCGCAAUCAAUGCCAUUCUCGUCGCUUCGUGGAACUUCAUUUAUUUCAAGGAUCGGGAGAAACGGGUCUUUAAUCUCACGAGCAGUAGCGAAUUUCAGGUCUCCUGGGCGGAAAUAAUAGAACGAGGCCGAAAAAUCACCCAGAAAGUACCUCUGAACGGAGUCGUGUGGUAUCCAGGUGGUAGUAUGAAGAAAUCGCGACUCCUGCAUAACAUUUGUAUUCUGCUGUUUCAUAUGAUACCGGCCUAUCUCAUCGACGCUUUAAUUUUUCUAGCUGGUCACAAACCCAUCAUGUGUCGUGUGCAUCGUCGUAUAAACAAAGGAUUCGAAGUAUUCGAAUAUUAUGCGAAUAAUCAGUGGGACUUCGAUAAUUCCUACGUGAUCGAAAUGAGAUAUAAGUUAAACAAUCUGGAAUUUGAUAAGUAUCAAUUGCACGGCGAUGACAUGGACUUAGACGCCUAUUUCGAAACUUGCAUUCGAGCUGCCAGAGUUUACAUUUUAAACGAGCUUCCAGAAACUCUACCGGCUGCUCGUAGACAUCUGAGAAUCAUGUACUGGGUGGACGUUAUCGUGAAAACUCUAUUUUUCCUGUUUCUUUUUUACACCCUGAUAAAUUCUAAUGACUUCACUAAAACGAUGGUUGCUGACAGUGCGACAUACAUUGUAAAGCAAUUAAUAUAAUUUCUUUAAUCUUAAUCUUAAUCACGUUGCAAUUUCUAACACAGCUUGAAAAUUAUCUUUUUUAUAUUGAUCGCAAGGAUCGUUUAGAUAAAUUAUCAGUGAUUUUUUCACUUAAUCUCCAAAAGAUAUAACAGUGUUUCUCCUUGUAUACGCUGUAUAACUCUGUAUAAUAAAAACAUUGAAACACA